GUUUUUGUCUGUUUUUAACAAAUUUUAUGUGCUUAUUGUAAAUUUUCUUGUAUACUGUAAAUUGUUGAUGUGAAUAUUCUUAAUUCGAUAAAAAAAUUUAAGCAAUCAUGACAGUCGAGCAGAAGACUGAAAACGGAUUAGUUCAGUUUAAAAUACGGAUACCACCGAUUCUUCGAACACUAACGGAAAAACCGGGUUUACUUGACCUACGUAAUAGCAAACAAUCCACAGAAGUUGGGAGUGUUGUUAGAAAUAACAUCAUUCGUACGAAGCUCGAGCCAGUGGUGAUAAAAGCUAAAACGAUCAAAAUUUCUAAAGCUCCUCCGGAUCCGCCGUUGAAGACACCUAUAAGAGACAGACCUAUCAAGCGUGCAGUGCCUUUAGAAAAUCUUGACGAGGAGAUUAGAAAACCAAUCGAACAACCAAAAAAAAUCGAUACAUACGUAAAGAAACCACCAAAGGAGAAGAAAAAAAUCGUCCGAAAACAAUCGAACAGGAAGAUAAGCCAGCACAGUUUUCUCAAAAAACGAAGCACUCUCUCAAAAAAACCCAAGAAAAAACGCAGCGUAGGAAAAAUCGUAUCGAACCCAAACAUCCCAAUGAGCAAAACCACCAACUGCUUAAUCAAAACCAACAGAGUGGAGAAACAGUGGAUGUGCUGCACAGUAAACAACAGGUUGUGCAAAUCAGAAAUCGAAAUGCCGACUUACGAGUCCAAAGGUGUCGGAACCUGUACCGAUAGGCACUGCUCGAAUACGGCCAAGUUUUUCAAAAACUACCAUCAGGAAAAACUCGCCAGAUUGAACGAGCAAAUCAGAAACACCAACGCUGCCUCCUCGAUAUUCAAACCGAAGCAGAAAGAGUUGACUCCUACCGUCAGAUCGGCCCGUCAGGACAAACUCGAGAAACUUAACGAGGAAAUCAGAGAGAUGAACUCGAAGAGAUCACCGACGACGAAAUACAUACCGGCGCCGAUUGAGUUUAGGGAGAAGCUUCGAAAGAAACUCAACCAACUCAACACGGAGAUCAGGCUAACUAAUAAAAACCGGAUCGAUGCCACGAGAAGGCUAAUGUUCAUCAGACAAUUGAAGAAAAGAGCGAUGAAAAAGAAACUGACCCUAAACCGUCAACAGAAAGAAAUGGAAGAAGGAACGAAGCGAAACCAGAACAAAUUUAGUUUACCAGAGACCAUUCGAACUAACAAAAUUCACAAAAAACGCCACAGAAGUUCAAAUAUGAAAAAAUUCAGAAACUACAAAUAAGAUUUGUAGAAGCAUUUCGACUCUAUAUCACUAACAUCAAUUUAAAAUAGUAGUGUAAUCAUCUUAGUUCACAUUAAAAUGAUAAAUUCUCAUCAAUUUAUUAUUGUUC